AUGGAAUUAAUUCUUAAUCAAUUGUCAACCAGAUAUUCAUUUUCAAAAUUAAUUGAACAAUUCGGAAGUCUUGUACAAUGUGGUGAUGAUUCAUCUGAACAGUUAUUAAAAAUAAAAAAAGAAUUUACAGCUUUAUGUCAACUUGAUUUUACAAAUGAUAAUCCAGAACAAAUUUCUAAUAAUGAAGUAUUUUAUUCAACUUGGAUAAAAAUUAGUUCAUCAUUAAACUCGAUUAAACAUAUUUUAGAAUCAUUAAUUAAUUUUAAUAAACAAAAAAUAAAUAAAAGUGAGUCAUUUCUUCUUUUAAUUUUUCAAUUAAUUUUUCCGUUAUAUCAUUAA